ACGUAGAUUUGUGCAUGAAUUGCAAUCAGUUAUGCGAUUAAUGAUAGAACUAUACCUAUUAUAUCAGUCUGAAGGGUGCAUUAGUGGUCAUAAGAAAUAGAACGAAUAGAUACAAAGAAUACAUAUGAGAUGAGCCUUUAAUGGGGAAUCGGUACAUUCGUUGAAUUUUGUUCAUUUGACGUGUGGGAAAGCUACUUUUCGUUUUAUUUUGACAUAUUAACUUCCGAAGCUUAUGAUUGUUAUAGUUCCAGUCUACCUUGACUAAGGAAUGUUCGAUUAAGGUGCAUCAAUAGAAUUGCCUACUUAGAGCAUUAAAAUCGAUUGUAAACCUGGUGUAUUAUUACGUCCUAAAUUUCGCAAACCCGUCCAACCAUUAAAAAUGGACGCAACAACAGCUACACCCGCAACAACAGCAGCGGCAGCCGCCAAACGUUUACAAAUCGAGAAAGCCCAGAACUUCAUGCGUCAAUAUCGGGAUCCGGAAUCAAGGGAACUGAAGAAGCUCUCUGCCAACCAAUUUAUGGAUGUCUGGAGUCACUACGAUAAAGAUGGAAAUGGUUACAUCGAGGGAACCGAAUUGGAUGGGUUCUUAAGAGAGUUUGUGUCAAGUGCAAAUGCAACGGAUGUUAGUCCGGAAGCUGUAACUGAUACAAUGCUAGCUGAAUUAAAAUCGUGUUUCAUGGAAGCAUACGAUGACAACCAGGAUGGCAAAAUUGAUAUCAGAGAGCUCGCACAAUUGCUUCCAAUGGAGGAGAAUUUUUUAUUGCUCUUCCGGUUUGAUAAUCCAUUAGAAUCAAGUGUGGAAUUUAUGAAGAUUUGGCGUGAGUAUGACACAGAUAACAGUGGGUACAUUGAAGCUGAUGAGCUGAAAAAUUUUCUUCGAGAUUUGCUCAAAGAGGCAAAAAAAAUCAAUGACGUAUCCGAGGACAAAUUAAUUGAGUACACUGACACAAUGCUACAGGUAUUUGAUGCCAAUAAGGAUGGACGGCUUCAACUUUCUGAAAUGGCGAAAUUGCUUCCCGUUAAGGAAAACUUCCUUUGUCGCCAGGUAUUCAAGGAAGGCAUCGAAGGUGCUGCAAAGUUGACUAAGGAAGAUAUUGAAAAAGUAUUCUCACUUUACGAUAGAGAUAACAAUGGUACAAUUGAAAACGAAGAGUUAAGAGGGUUCCUAAAGGAUCUACUUGAGCUUGUUAAGAAGGACGAUUACGAUGCUCAAGAUUUAAGUCAAUUUGAAGAGACAAUUCUUCGGGGUGUUGGCUAUGAUAAAGACGGAAAAAUUUCCCGCAAAGAACUGACAAUGAUACUUUUAACACUGGCAAAGAUGCCACCAGAGGAUGAUCAAUAAAUUAUUUGUUGAUAUCCCUAAACUGACAUUGUAUUUGAUGAAAUAAAUACUUUUAUAAUUAUUAUUUAAGAUAACCAAAAAAAAUAAAAAAAAAAAGAUCCUUAUUACAAGAUAUAAUGAAUUUUAAAUCGUAAAUAGCUAUAAAACUAAUUAUUGUUUUUAAUUAAACUAUUCAACAAAAACACUACUAUUAACUCUUAACCACUUGGAUUAUAAAAAUCUAUUGAAAAUUAAUAUAAAUCUACGAUCUACACAUUUAAACAUACAUAUGUACGAGUAUAAAAACUGUUAUUAGAAAAAUCGAUAUUUUUAAUAUUCCUAUAUUUAUGUAUACUAUUAUAUUAGUAAAUCUAUUCAAUUUGUUUCUUAAAAACACAAAGCUAUUUUAAAUAUUGAUGUUUAUUUUUCACUGUUUUACAAUUUAAAUAUAAAAACUCUAUAAAUGCUUCUUUAUUUAAUAUAAAUAGUCCAAAACAUAAACUAAGACACAAUAUACAAAAUCGAACAUAAAGAUAUAAAGUCGUUUACAUCGAUAUUUUUUUAUUUUAUAAAUGUUUAUAUAGGUUUUAAGAAAUAUAAUAUAUGUUGAAAUUAAAUAUAAAUCUAUUUAUGUAUGUUAUUCAAAGAAAAUAUUAUUAAUUUAUUUUGCAGUAAACAUUUUUAAUGUAUGAUUGGACAAAGAAGGCUAUUAUAAAAUGAGAUUUCUUAAAUUUUAACCAAGAAAUUGUAUCAAGUUUAUCAAAUCCAACUGAACGGAUUAAAAAUUAUCUAAACCAAAUAUCAAUCAAAUAUUUUUCGUUUUUCAGGGGUGUUAUAAUGGGGAUGUUGGUUUAAAUAUUAAAUAUAAAGAGUACCUACAUUUUUUUGUUCACACUUAGAAAAGGUUUAAUCCUGUAUUUAGGGUUUCAUAACGGAACCCAAAAGUCAUAUGAUAUGAAGAAACGACAGACAUAGAGACUGGAAACAUAUUUUAAAAUUUUUUUAAACUAAUGUCUAUUUUCUUGAAAAGCCAGUCUUUGUGAAAUGCAAAAUCUAUUAUUAUAAUGUUUUCAAUAACAACAAAAUAAGUUAAGCCGCUUUGGCUCUCACGGCCUCAUAUCAAAAUAUUAGACAUUUUUUGUUUCCCUUGAAAAUAGGACUUAAAUAUCUACUAUAAGCCUUGUAUGAAUGAAUGAAUUUUUUGCACAUUCAAAGGGACCCCGAAAAUUGGACUUACGUUGUUCUGACCAGCUCUAUCAGUUAUGAAAAAAACUGAGCUAAUAACUCUGUGAAUACUUAUGAUAGAAACUUCAUUAAUGUCUUAAUUUUAAACAAGCUAGCUCGAAAACUCAUAGAUUUUAUGAUAUUUAGGAAAACCUGCACCAGGUUAAAUCUUUAAAAAUGUGUUUUUUUGCUUUAGUCAAAAAUAAGAUUAAAAUUUUGUUUAUAGUUUAAGUUUAUUUCUAUUUAAGACGUAGUUACAACAGUUAUUUAAAGUGUGCUCCUUGAUUUUGUAUGCUAGAUAGAGACCGUUUUUUUGGAUUUGAUUGCUAAUAUUAAUUGAUGGAGGUUCUGCUAAAUGAUUUAACAUAUCCAAUCCAGGAUAUUUCACUGUUUCAACUAGCUGCUUCAUGUUACGAACAAGAUGACGCUCCAGCCUAUUAAAAAGAAUAACAUUUCUUCUAAAAAUCAAGAAAUUAAUGAAGUUUCUAUCAUAAGUAUUAACGGAGUUAUUAACAUUAACACGAGUAAAUGCAUACCGAAGUAAACGUUUUCUUAAAUCAUCGCUAAAGCUAAAGGGUAUCAAAUUUGUAGAUAGAGAGUUACUGUAGAGCAAUUUUUUUCUUAGAAUAUACACAAGAAUCAUCCCCUAAAAUCUUCUUAUCUCAUUACGGGACACCAUGUAUAUUUAUUUAUUACCAAUCCUAUCUCCAAGCAAAUAAAAUGAAUGUAAUUUUUUUUUAAAUUUUUUUUUCAUGAAAAAGACAUUUACACAUUGUUAAUAAACUUAUCGUAAAUUAAAUUUAAAUUAAUAACAUUGUCUUAUGAAUAAUUGAACUAAAACACAGGAUACGUCUGGAGAAUACUUUCAACAGAUUUUAUAUAAAUAACGUAUUGCCAAAUUAUUAAAGAAAAAUAUACUUAUGAGAUGAGAUACAUACAUUAAAAAUAUAUAAAAACAAAUUUACUAUUAAAGUUAUAACAAAAUACAAAAUAUAUGUCCAAGCCAAGAAUAAUAGGAAAAUGUCAAUAAAAACUUUACGAAAGAAUCAUUAUAUGACUGGUUUCAUAUAAUAUUUCAAAAGGAAAUACAUUAUGCGUAUUCAAAUGAAUACUAAAAAAAACUGAAAUCAUGCUACUGAAUAUUAAAUUAAAAUCAUCAAAUAAAUUAUUUGAAAAAAGUCGGUGCUUUAAACUUAUAGAUAAAGUAUAACUAGUUAAAAUUAUUAACAUACAUUUUUUACUCAAAAUUUAUUUGUAUUGGUUAUGGUCAUAUCACUUUAAAAAUAGUUGUUUUUUUUAUGGAAAUAUAUAAAUGUUUGUAAUAACGCUUCAUUUUAAAUGCAAUUCUUCAAUGGUUGUGACUGGAGACAUGGUAGUGUAUAACAGUUUUAAUAGUUUAUUCUGAUUGAUCGGUGCAUUUAAUAACAAAAUUUUCAGUGGUGCCUUUCAAUGUUAAGUUUACACAAUUUAUGAACAUUAUGAAAGCAUGGAAUGGAUUCAGUAGUACAUUUUUGUAUUAAAUAUAUGCAUAUUGGAAAUGCAAUAUAGUUUUGAAUAUAGGAAUUCAAUAUGCAUGUUGUUACGGCUAAGGAUAAAGUCAAGUCCCAGCUUCCCAAAUGUCUAGUGAUAGACUAGAUUGUGGUUCAACGGAAUUAAACAUAUAGCUAUUGAUGAGAAAAAAGGGAACCUUAAAAUAAAUGCUUAAAAUGCUCACCUUGAAUCCCACCUUCUGAAAACAAUGGGAUUUCUUCUUAAAGUAAGCGGAAUCCGCUUAAAAUAUGUUAAAUUAAAGGUGAACUUUAUUUCAUUUUAAUUUUCAUCUUGAGGCAACCGACUAAAAAUAAAAAGAUUCCGCCUUAUUUAUAUAUGCAUACGUCUUAAUACUAAAAGAUUUUCUUAAACAAAAUAAAAUCAUUUAAAAUUAAAAUCGUUUGGUUUUUGCAACAACUUUAACAAAUUAUUAAAUUUUUAUUAGACUUCAGCUUUAGUUGUAAUUUAUCAUACCAAUUUUUAACAGAGAGAGCCUGAUAGUUAAGCACUCGCGUAGUGAAGUGCCCAAAAAGUUGUAGGUUCGAUUCCCAGUGGCUUCACAUCAAAAUAAGAUGAUUUUCACCUCAAAUUAACUGGAUUUCUUUUAAAUUACAAAAAAAAACUCUGCAGAAAUCCGUUUGUUUUUGGGUGGGCUUUUUUCUUCGUGAUGUGAAUAGUUUUUACAAAAUUAAUAGUAGUUGGUACUUAUGUAUGGACAAACUUUACAUAACCUAGAGAUUUUCUAAGUUGAUUAUUUCACCUGGCUAUAUUUAAAAGCGCCAAAAUAUGACACGGAUAUAUGUAAUGUACAUAUGUACGUAAGGGGCGAUAAGGAUAAAAUACACCUGUUACAAACUGUUAUAAACUGUCAUGUCUUUAUGGUAUAACCUAAGUAAAAAUUAAUAUUGAUAUAUAAAUAAAAUAUACAGUUGUUGUCAAAUGUAAAA